UUUUUUGCGUGCUUUUUGCUAGACUAGAGGAAAUAAUUGUCAAAAUGCAACAGUGUUUGAAAUGGAUCGAUCACAAAAUUGGUUCUUAGAUAAGAACUUUGAACCUUAGAUAAAAGUGCUAAAUUUUUCGUAUAUAAAGUAUGGAAAAUUCGCAAUUAUCUUUAGUUUCAAAUUCAAACAUGAAAAUAAUAGUAGUCGGUAUUUUGUUGGUGAUCUCCUUAGUUGGACACGAGACAAACGCAAAAAGUGUGGCCAACACCUUGGCCAACCAAAUCGGUCAGGAUGCUUCCGAUUUCGGUAAUGAAUUAGGCCAAGAGGUCAUCCAAUAUGGCCAAGAAGCUGCCAACAGCGGCUUGAAGUACGGAGAAGCAGCGGAAAAUGCCUCCUCCGGUUGGGAACUUGGAAUGGAUGGCAGCAUUUUUGGUCACGAAUUGGGAGAUGAGGGCAAUUUGUUGGGACAGGAGGUUUCCAAUAGCGCUAUUAACUUUGGACAUCAAGUGUCCCAGGAAGCGGAAGAGGCAGCCAGUGCAGAACUCAAAGCCAUGGCAAGCCAAUCUGCCAAUCAAUCCAGUAAGAAAUCUGUCAGUAAGCGUGAUUUAACAAGUAGCAACGAGAAUCCUUCGGUUACCUGUGCUUGCACCUGUUCCACCGAUGGCGCUGCUUCCAAAGUGGGAAAUAAGGUAGCAGAGUCGGCCGGAAAGGCAGCUCAUGAUGUAGCCGGCGGUGCUGGAAAUGUGGCCUCGAGUGUUGCUGGUGCUGCUGGCACUAUUGCCCACGAUGCUGCAGGUGCUGCAUCUAGUGUUGCAAGUGAUGCUGGACACAUUUUCCACGACGCCGGCAAGGUUGGAGGUGACAUUGGAAAUGCUGCUGGAAAUGUCGCUGGAAGUGCAGCAAAUGCUGCUGGAAAUGUGGCCUCGAGUGUUGCUGGUGCUGCUGGCACUAUUGCCCACGAUGCUGCAGGUGCUGCAUCUAGUGUUGCAAGUGAUGCUGGACACAUUUUCCACGACGCCGGCAAGGUUGGAGGUGAUAUUGGAAGUGCUGCUGGAAAUGUCGCUGGAGAUGCAUCAAAUGCUGCUGGAGAUGUUGCGCAUGAUGCUGCAAAUGCUGCUGGAAGUGUCGCUGGAAGUGCGGCAAAUGCUGCUGGAGAUGUUGCAAAUGCCGCUGGAAAUGUAGCUGGGGAUGCAGCAAAUGCUGCUGGAGAUGUUGCGCAUGCAGCUGGAAAUGCGGCCGGAGAUGUUGCAAAUGCCGCCGGAAAUGUUGCUGGAAAUGCAUCAAAUGCUGCUGGAGAUGUUGCAAGUGCUGCUGGAAAUGUUGCUGGAAGUGUUGCUAAUGCUGCUGGAAAUGUAGCUGGAGAUGCAGCAAAUGCUGCUGGUGAUGUUGCAAAUGCCGCUGGAAAUGUCGCUGGAGAUGUUGCAAAUGCCGCUGGAAAUGUCGCUGGAGAUGUUGCAAAUGCUGCUGGAAAUGUCGCUGGAGAUGUUGCAAAUGCCGCUGGAAACGUAGCUGGAGAUGUAGCUAAUGCUGCUGGAAAUGUUGCACAUGAUGCAAGCAACAUUUUCCAUUCCAUAUUUUAGAGUUUCUCUCUACUUUUCUACUCAUUUGUCCUAAUAAAUGAACGAGCAAAUUAAUGACCCAUACACUUGUCAUACUUU